AUUUAUUUAGAAAAAUACUUUUAAAAACAUUUAAAAUGAUACUAUUAAGUAUUUAAACACUCCAAAACAUUGACCCAUAUUAAGGAUUUUUAAUUAGAAUGAAAUCUAAUGGACUUGUUUAUCAAAAAACAGAAUUAAUACAAUUAUUGACUGACUAAGGCUUUGAACUUUAAUGGUUUCUUCUAGUUUUAUAAGAAACCUUACAGUUUUAAGUUACUCAGAAGACUCCAGAAGAAAGCCAUCGUGUUACAUGCAUUUAAGGAGUUAAGUCUGGAAAGUAACGUGUUUCUGGUACUUUUAUAAUAGAUCUUUCAUAUGAGAUAGAAAAGAAAUUAUAUAAAGUGAAGUAACUGACAUUUUAUAAUAAUUAUUGAUAUGGAUAAAAGGAAGAGAUUUAUGAGGAGUAUUUCCACAUUUGAAGAGAGUCCUCCUAAUAGUUUAAUCCAUAAAAUAGCGGAUUAUCACGAGAAGAGGCAAACUAGUCAAGAAAUUCGUAUUAAAUCACUGCGCUCGGCUUUCAGUGCAUGCAAUUCGUUAAGUAAUGAUAGUGUAGAAGAUGAAAUACCACAAUCUGCUGAGGAAAUCUUGAAGAAUCUAGGGAUAGUAAAGAAAGAACCCGAAAUACCUCAAAGAUUCUUGCAUGAUUUCAUAGAAAGACACAGAAUCGAAGAUGUGCCCCAGUUGGAUAGUCGAGUUGCUAAGGCUGUGGAAGAUGUUAAAAGUAAUUAUAAUAUAGAAUAUAAUCACGAGAAAUCAUCAAGGUUAGCGAGUAGAAGAUUAACAAGAGCGGCAACUUUGCUAACGCUUCAUGGCGAUUGUGAUUCAUCUCCGAAAGAUUCUUCGUCAUCGGAUGACGAGGAGCAUGAAAUUAUGUAUGAAAUUCAAACACCGAUUACGAAAGCUAUUGAAGAAUUGAAUAAGGAUGAGGAUUCUGACAGUUCUCUAUACGCCACACCACAGAAAGAUUCUAGAAAUUGUAGUUUUUCCAGCGAUUCCAUUGAAAGACCCGAACUGAACAGAAGGAGAUCGCUGUCUUGUUCCGAUUUCUAUCGCUUGAAAUCAUCCUUGACAUCAGAAUAUGCGACUUUACGCCAACAAUUCAAGACGUUUAGAGGUGUGAGCGAUUCUAACAUAGAAAUAAGUAUGCAUUCUCCAGUUAAACGUAGUUGCAAUGCGUGGACUUCAGCGGAUUCGGAUGAAGACGACAUCUUGUGCGUAAUAUUACCAGCAAACAAUGAAGAAAAUGUAAGAAACGAGGAUUUAAGAGUGAAAAAUCUUCAAGAAUCACAUCUACGCGAAAAUAAUCUGAAGUGGAUUCGCGUAGUAGAGUGUGAUAAGUGCGAUUUGUGUAGGAUCGGGAGUAGCGAUUUCAAUUUUCCAUCGAUAAGUACUCAGAAUAUUACAUCAGAAAAUAAUCGGGCCGAUAAUACACUCCAUUCGACAAUAGAAAAACAAUGCAAUCAGUACUACAACACGUCAGAAAAGGAGCGGCCGAUAAAUGAAAAUGGAAUUGAAAGAGGAGUACAGGAUCUAAAUAAUCAACAAGUAUCGACACUGAUGAAUACCUACCUAGAACCGUGUAAGAUAAGGCAGAGCAUUAUUAAACCGCCAUUUUGUAUGAGACACUACAGAGUUAGGGAAAAAUACAAUAAACAGGAUGAAAUAAUGUUAAGAAAAUCCAAUAGUUACGAAGAAAAUUGUGAUAAAAGAAGAAAUAAAUCGCUACAAAAGUCAGCUUCUCAAGAACUGAGAGAACUGCAGACAGCCAUUGAACAAGUUAAAUACAGAAGGGAGAGUGCUUCUAAACAUCUUCUUCUUCUUCAAGAACUGCUGGAAGAUGACAGAAAGAAUCUAUUUACAACAGACAGCGAAGAAAUGCAAGAAGAAAAGAACGACACGUGGAAGGAUGCUGUGGUCGAAUCGAUAGUUAGAGAGAACGACGAGUUUAAAUCGAGAAUCGAUGAGGUUGAACAUCUGAAAAUUCAACUGGAAGCAUCGCAAGAAGCUCUGUUUGUUUAUCAAAAUAAAACGGAAAAUUCAAUAGAAAUGUUAGAAGAGGAAUUGAAUGUUUACAAAGAGAAGUUGUCAACAUCGGAGAAACGAAGAAUAGAAGAGGAAGAAAGGAAAAGAUCUUUAGAAGUGGCACUUAUAGAAAUGCAAAAAGAAAAGCAGAAGUUACAAAUGAAUUAUUUAGAUCUAAUGGAAAAUUCUAACAGUAAAAAAACCGAAGAGAAGUUAAUAAAAAGUAUUGAAAAUGAAUUAAAAAUUAAAGAAGAAGAAAAUAUUAAACUUCGUAUGGAAAUAUUACAAAUACAAGAGGAAUUAUCCAAAGAUAAUAAUCAUAAAGAAAUUAUUAUCGAAGAUAAAGACAAAUACAUAGAAAAAUUAGAAAGAAAAAUAAAGGCUCUGUCAGAGUUACAGCUCAACACAGGAUGGAAGGAUUUAGGAAGGACGUCGUCAUCCAUGUCUGCUCUUGAUGAACCGGAUUAUACCAAAGAAGAUACUAAAGAAGAAAACAACACACUGGAACGACUGAUACAACAAUUAGAAGAACAGCAGAAAGAAUUAGACACGUUAAGAACCGAAAAUUUUUAUCUUAAAUCGAAAGUUAGAACCGUAGACUUAAAUGGAGAUUUAGAGGAACCAUUAUCUUCAGAAAUUUCAUCAGAUAUAGGAAAUUCUGAUCCCGAAAUUACCAAAAACAACUUAUGGAAACGUUUAAAAGAUGCGGAAGAUAAAGCUUAUCAAGAAGAGAAUCGAGCAGAUAAUCUUAAUCUUCUUCUAAAUCACAAACAGAUCGAAAUUAAUAAACUUCAGUUAACUCUUUCCAGUCAAACAAAGGAAUUAAUACAAUUGGAAAAAGCUUAUUAUCAACUGAGGUGUCAUCUGUUUGAAACACGUAAGUCAUCGUGCCCGGCACUUCGUCGAAGUUCCUCAAAGAUGAACAAUACCGUUUGAAGAAAGUGUAGUGUUUCAUAUAUAUUAAUAUAUAUUUAAAGGGUAUUUAACAUUGUUAAGGACACAGAAAACACAAGAAAGAAAUAGAAUUAGUCUAUAUUUGUGUAUUUUCAUAUUUAUGUAUAUAGUAAAUGAAUAUUUUCACUUUAU